CUGAGCACACAGUCUGAAGAGGAGGAGAGAUAACGCGAAUCACGGAGAGAGAAUUUAAUGUGUUUUUCCUGGAUUUACAGGCUUUUGUUUGAGUUCCUCUUUCUGUGGAUUUAUACCUGAUUUCCUGCAGGUUUUCUGGAUUUAUUUAGUUGGAUUCGAGCUUAAUCUUCCCUUUGUGGUCUUCUGCAAAAUGUCGGACAGAACAAUGGCGCGGCAAGUACUGCUGUUGAUUUGGUUUCUCUCUCUCAGUUCAGCUCUCGGGCAGGUCAGUUACUCCAUUCCUGAGGAAAUGGCGAAAGGCUCUUUAGUCGGUAACAUAGCGCAGGAUUUGGGUUUAGAUUUAAAGAGACUGAAAUCGGGUAAAGCCCGUAUUUAUACCGGAGACAGCGCUGAAUACAUCGAGCUGAAUAAAGAAAGAGGAGUCCUCCUUAUCAAAGAGAGAAUAGACCGAGAGGCGCUAUGCGGACAGACAACGCCUUGCGCACUACAUUUCCAGAUUAUUCUGGAGAACCCGAUGGAGUUUUACAGCGUCAACGUUGAAGUGAUCGAUAUAAACGAUAACCCUCCUCUCUUUAGUAAAAAUAAAAUGGUAUUUGAAAUAAGUGAGUUAGCGCUGAGUGGAGCGAGAUUUGUUUUAGAGAGGGCCGUAGAUGCGGAUGUUGGCAUCAACGGGCUUCAGAGCUACACCUUAAAACCCACCGACAAUUUUAUUUUAAAAUCACAUAGCCGAUCAGGUGGUAAUAAAAACGUUGAGAUGGUGCUUCAGAAACAAUUAGAUCGCGAAAAACAGGACAUUAUUGUAUUGGUUCUGACAGCGAUGGAUGGCGGCGACCCGCAAAUGUCCGGCACAAUAGAAAUACACAUUACUGUAUUAGACGCCAAUGAUAAUGCACCUGUGUGCUCCCAGUCCGUGUAUAAGACAAGCGUGAUCGAGAACUCUCCAAAAGGCAUGAUUUUAUCAACAGUUAAAGCUUCAGACGCAGAUGUAGGAUCAAAUGGAUUAAUCACUUACACAUUAUCGAACACCGCAGACGAUGCAAUGAAAAUCGUUAGUAUUGAUGAAACUAAUGGGUUGUUAACGGUAAUCGGCGAAAUUGAUUUUGAAAAAAAUAAGUUGUUUGAAAUCGAUGUGCAAGCUACAGAUCAAGGUGGUCAUUCUGAUACAUGCAAAGUAAUUGUUGACGUAAUUGAUGCCAAUGACAACAGUCCGGUGAUUAACAUGAUGUCAAAAUCAAGUGACAUAUCUGAAAAUGCGAAAUUAGGCACUGUCACUGCUAUUAUUAAUGUUCAAGACAUUGAUUCUGGAGAAAAUGGUAAAGUGCAGUGUACUGUUAAAGACAGUUUACCAUUUACGCUUCGGUCAACGUCGAAUAAUUUCUUCAGUUUAGUCACAGAUGGUGAUUUAGAUCGGGAGAGAGAGUCUGAGUAUAACAUCACUGUGACGUGCGCUGAUGAGGGCGUGCCCUCUCUCUCCAGCAGCGUCACUCUCUCCUUACAGAUAUCAGAUGUGAAUGAUAACGCGCCUGUGUUUGACAAGAGCUCAUAUGAGGCCUCUGUUCAAGAAAACAACACACCGGGUCUUUCCAUAUUCACAGUCAGAGCCAGAGACGCAGAUUUUAACCAGAAUGCCCGUGUGUCUUACAUACUGGAGGACUCCUCUGUUAACGGAGUGCCCGUCUCCUCGUUGGUGUCCGUUAGUGCUGAUAGUGGAGUCAUACAUGCAGUGCGAUCUUUCGAUUACGAGCAGAUCAAAGAUUUCCAGUUCCGCGUAAAAGCGCAAGACGGAGGCUCCCCUCCUCUCAGCAGCAACGUGAGUGUGAGAAUCAUUAUUCAAGACCAGAAUGACAACGCGCCUCAGGUUCUGUAUCCGGUCCAGUCUGGUGCUUCUGUGGUGGCUGAAAUAGUGCCUCGUUCGGCAGAUGUGGGUUAUCUGGUCACUAAAGUGGUGGCUGUUGAUGUGGACUCUGGACAGAAUGCCUGGCUCUCAUAUAAACUGCAGAAAGCCACAGACAGGGCGCUGUUUGAAGUGGGCUUACAGAAUGGAGAAAUAAGAACUGUACGUCAAGUGACAGAUAAAGAUGCUGUGAAACAAAGGCUCACUGUUGUAGUGGAGGACAACGGGCAGCCCUCUCGUUCAGCUACAGUCAAUGUGAACGUGGCGGUGGCGGACAGCUUCCCUGAAGUGCUCUCCGAGUUCACUGACUUUACGCACGACAAGGAAUACAACGACAACCUGACUUUUUAUCUGGUCUUGGCCUUGGCUGUAGUUUCCUUUCUCUUUAUCGUGUCCAUCAUAGCCAUACUGUCAGUCAAAUGCUACAGAUGGAGACGUGAGCGGAUGUAUUACAAAUCUGGCGCGAAUCUGCCGGUUAUUCCGUAUUAUCCGCCUCUUUACGCAGACGUAGGGGGCACAGGAACUUUACAGCACGUGUACAAUUAUGAGGUUUGCAGAACCACUGACUCCAGAAAGAGUGAUCUGAAAUACGUCAGACCUUGCAGUGAGAGCAUCAUUAGUCUGGACACCAGUGGAGCACAGACACUCCCGCAUGCGCAGAGAGACAAACUGACCAAUGACGAUUCUUUUGAUCAGAGAGAGAGACGGAAGCUGAGCACACAGUCUGAAGAGGAGGAGAGAUAA